CAUCGGAUCAUAUCUCUCUCUUUCUCUCUCUCUUCGUUUUAUCUCAUCUGAUACCAAAAGUUCGGAAUAUUGUCUUAAUCGAUCUCUGCACAAAAACACAGAGUAUGGUCAAUAUCCGACACUUCAAUUUGAAAUUACUUUAUUGAGAUCUCCUUUUCUUUUUCUUGUUUCUUCGGUUUUUCUUUCAUAUGGAAAUGGCUUCAAUUUCUUCGAGUCCUCGUACAGUUGAAGAGAUCUUCAAAGAUUAUAGCGGUCGUCGUGGCGGCAUAGUUCGUGCUUUAACUCAUGAUGUUGACGAAUUCUAUGGACUUUGUGAUCCAGAAAAAGAUAACUUAUGUCUAUAUGGACAUCCAAAUGAAAAUUGGGAAGUCACUCUUCCAGCAGAGGAAGUUCCACCAGAGCUUCCUGAGCCAGCUCUUGGAAUCAAUUUUGCAAGAGAUGGCAUGAAUCGGAAGGACUGGCUCUCACUGGUUGCAGUCCACAGUGACUGUUGGUUGCUCUCUGUGGCUUUCUAUCUUGGAGCACGGCUAAAUCGGAAUGAAAGGAAGCGUCUAUUUAGCUUGAUUAAUGAUCUGCCCACUGUCUUCGAAGUUGUAACAGAACGAAAACCUGUAAAAGACAAGCCUAGUGCAGAUAGCGGAAGCAAAUCUAGGGGCAGUACAAAGAGGUCAAGUGAUGGACAAGUUAAAAGCAUCCCAAAGGUAGCAGAAGAGAGCUAUGAAGAGGAUGAAGACGAACAUGGUGACACACAAUGUGGCAGCUGUGGUGGAAACUACAACGGAGAUGAGUUCUGGAUCGGCUGCGACAUCUGUGAGCGGUGGUAUCAUGGCAAAUGCGUCAAAAUAACACCUGCCAAGGCUGAGAGUAUAAAACAAUACAAAUGCCCGUAUUGCAGCAUGAAACGAGCCCGGCCAUAGUGACUAAAAACAACAGGCUUCAUCGAAUUCUAUAAAACCGUCCGUACUAUUUCUGAUUGUUGUGAAAAGAUUUGACAAAUGCGUCUUGAAAAGGUGGUCGAUCUGGAAUCGUGAUUUAUCGACUUGUAGUUGGUGAAGUGAAAGUUAUACAUUGAACUUGAUUUGUUAAAUUUUCUGUUUGUUUUAGGACAAAGGGGUUGAAUUGUAGGCACCCCCUUUUAAUUAUUGUCUUGAUGCUUUAUGCUCAUAUAGAUUACAUCUAGUUGACUCUCUUUUUACUGCAAUCACAACUUUAGAUUGCUUCAA